AUGUUUCGUGUUGUAACGGGACUCUCGUUAGAUUUUCAUAAGUCGAAAAAAGCAAAUAUUCUCCGUGUUCUCUGCAAAGUGGCGAUUGUUUCCGUCGAAUAUUAUAUUUUGAUUCUCUCACUAUUAUCUCUCCUUCCUCCGCUAUCUCAAUCACACUCCAACACAUCACUGUUAUCUCCCUCAGGUCUAUUUCGAUGUUGCGUGAUCUUAUACUUCAGUUCAAUCCAACAAUGGCGUAUUCAGGAUCAAUUCGAUUGUCUAGUAUUGGAAGCUGUAGUUUUUGUCAUAAACCGAAUCCCGGUAAUCGGUUAUGUUUUGUUGCCUUCAAUCGUUUGCGCCAUGGUUCGAGAACCGAGUCUUCGCCGCACAUCUCUUCCCGAUUAUAUAGUCAAAUUAAGCCUACACCAUCUAGUUUGGCGACUGUUUCUUUCUCAAGGUCAUAUAAUGCUAUAUCAGGAAGACCGAUUGUGCUUCAAUUGGUCCCUGUCCUCGGUAUCAUUGGCUUUGCGGUCUUUGGUCUUGAACCUCUCCUGCGCUUUUGCGGAUCUCUAUUUCUCCAAGAAGAGUUUAGAUCCACUAGUCCAGCAAUCAAAAACCAGUCCAGUUAUUAAGCAACGGCUGCUGAGUUUUGUCAAAUCUUUUUCAACCGUGUUUACAUUUGCUUACUGUUCUUCAAGCUUUGUUCGACAAGCACAAAAGUUGUGUAUGGAGACAAAUGGCUCGAGUGUUGAAAGAAAUAUGAGCAUUGAUCUUAUCGGGAAAGCUGUAUAUACCGCAAUAUGGGUUGCUGCCGUGUCAUUGUUCAUGGAGUUGCUGGGUCUCUCCACCCAGAAGUGGUUGACUGCUGGUGGUAUGGGUACAGUGUUGCUUUCGAUUGCGGGUCGUGAGAUAUUCACGAACUUCCUUUCAAGUUUGAUGAUUCAUGCAACUCGGCCGUUUGUUGUGAACGAGCGGAUUAAAACAAAGAUAAAAGGAUAUGAGGUUUCUGGUAGAGUUGAGCAUGUAGGCUGGUGGUCACCAACAGUUGUUAGAGGUGCUGAUUGUGAAGCAGUUCACAUUCCUAAUCACAAGUUAAGUGUAAAUGUUGUAAGGAAUCUUAGUAAGAAAACUCACUGGCGCAUCAAAACUCACCUUGCUAUCAGUCACUUGGAUGUUAACAAUAUUAACAGCAUCAUAGCUGAUAUGCGCAAGGUUUUGGCCAAAAAUCCUCUAGUUGAGCAAAGAAAAUUGCACAGAAGGGUUUUUCUGGAGGAUGUCAAUCCAGAAAAUCAAGCUCUCAUGAUAUUAGUAUCUUGCUUUGUUAAAACUUCACAUUCUGAAGAGUACCUCCGUGUUAAGGAGGCCAUUCUGUUGGAUCUUCUAAGAGUCAUCAGUCAUCAUGGAGCUCGGCUAGCCACACCCAUCCGCACAAUUCAGAAGAUGUACAGUGAUUCUGAUUUAGAAAUUGAUCCAUUUGACGCCGCCAUUUUCACUCGUUCUAGAGCAAAGGGAAACCACUCUGUCCCAUUCAUUGACGACAGUGAAAAAAUUGCAGCAACAUGGACUCCCUCUUCCAGUGUAAAGUCCCAGGAUAAGUUUAAGUCACCGUCUCAAGCCAAGCCGCAGAAUGUCGGUUCUGAUAAUUCUGUCCCGAAGGCCGCUAAAUCGAGAACAGCACCCCAAAUUUUAUCAUCACCCAAUGGAACUUCACCCUCUAAGAAAGAUGAAGAAAAAUGA